GUGUGUUUGUGUGUUUGUGCCUCUCUCUCCCCCCCCCCUUUGCUGAUACUGUCUCCCUCCCAGACCCUCAACAGGGGAGGGUUUACACAUUUUAGGAAGUUGUUGUUUUUUUGUUCAUUUUCCCUCCCCAAAGCAGGGGGAAGAAGAGAAGGAAUCAGUUUUCGUGUCUGUGUGUUUGUGUGUGAGUGGAGUUUGUACAUUGGCGAGAGAGGGAGAAAGAGGAGGUGAAAAAGAAGAGUCGUCACGGCGGAGGCGGCGGGAUCAGCAGGAUGGAGAGAGAGAGAUGCUGCCUCACCCGCUGAGUUUCUCCAGCAUUUUUGUCCACCUUCAAAGGGAAUAAAGUGUGUUGAAGAUGUCCAAGAGACCUCCUACUCGACGGGGUAUUACGUUCGAAGUGGGUGCUCGUCUUGAAGCUCGGGAUAGACUGAAGAAAUGGUACACAGCACACAUAGAGAAGAUCGAUUAUGAGGAGGCCAAGGUGCUAAUCCACUUCAAACGCUGGAAUCAUCGGUACGAUGAAUGGUUCAACUGGGACAGUGUUUAUCUACGGCCGCUGGAGAGACCUCUCCUGCGGAAGGAAGGAGCCAAACUGGACGAACCAACUGUGGAGUUCCGCCCCAGUGAGCAGGUGCUGGCCUGCUGGUCAGAUUGUCGCUUCUAUCCAGCAAAGGUCAUUUCAGUCAACAAAGACGCUUCUUACACGGUAGAGUUCUACGAUGGAGUCAUUCAGAACGUGAAGAAAAUCCACGUCAAAUCAAUUCCGAAGAGCUCCAGGGAGAAGACGCUGUUGUUUCUGCAGAAUGCGGCGAGUGGGAGGAACAAGGAGAACGGCUCUGGCAGUGCGCGCCGGAGGGAGCGCUUCCGGGAGAAGUUCUCCCCAUCACUGGCCAGCCAGCAGGUGGGCGAGGACAAGCCGGCGGUGAUGGAGGAGGAAGCGGAGGUGGCGAAGCUGGCCAGCGAGGAGCCGGGGCCGGGGCCGGUGGGCAAAGCCACGGAGGUGCCGGCGGCAGAGAAGAAGAGCCCGCCGCAGUCCUCACCGCCGGGGAGCCCGCCCCCCGCCGUGCCGCCCAGCAAGCCGGAGGAGAAGAGGAAGCGCGGGAGACCGCCUUCAGUGGGGCUCGCAGGUGGUCACGCCAAAGGAGCAGCUUCCCAGGAUCGCCGGCUGUUGCCGGCACGUCAAGGGGGCUCAGGAACGGGAAAGAGAAAGUGUGCCUCCGCUGCCUCGACCCUAUCGAAGCAGAUGAAACUCGACCAGGGGCAGACUGCGGGCAGCCAGGAGCAGUCCAGGAGGAGGUCUUUGCGUCUGGCAUCUGGUGAUAGCAACUCGUCAGCUACCAGCGUGCCAAGCGAGGGAACGGAAGCACGCAGCAAGGCAAAGGAGCAGGACUCUGCCGCGGAAGCAGCGUCAGCAGCAGCAGCACCAGCAGCACCAGCAGCAGCAUCUGAGGCCCCGGCCCAAGCACAGCAAGAUCCCACUAUCCAAGCCCAGAGUUCCACCGACGCUGCAUCCGACACCUCAGUGCCAACGGUGCUUGCCAGCCCUGAGCAACAGGUCAAAGAGGCAGCGAAGGUUGACUCCCCUGAGCCAGGCUCGGAGCCACGAGAUCCUCCCCCUGAAGCCGCUCCUGUUGUGAAGCGUGUGCCUCGAUCCCAGAACCCAAACAGAUACAGUAGGGAACCCUUAACCAACACUGCCCAGAGCCCCGAGGAACAGCUGCCGCCCAAGGCGUUGAUCAUCGACCUCGACCACAACAAGUUUAAGUGCAAGAUUGCCGAGUGCUCGAAAGCUUUCCGCAAAGCCAAGAUGCUGCACUACCACAUGAAGUACUACCAUGGCAUUGAGAAGGCAGAAUCGGACCAAGGCUCCCCCAAGAGGAGCAUGCAAACCCGAGGCUCCUGCGCCUCCGAGACUGAGUCGCUCCUGGACAGCCCCAAGAGGCGGCGCACCACCUCGGGCUCCUUGCAUGGGUCCCAGAACGUGUCCCUCCGAGACGCCCACUCUUCCAGCGUCGACCCCAGAGCCGCAAAGCUGAACGAGAAGCGACGAAUCUCGGCCCCAUCAUCCCUCGACGUGGCUGCUCAGUCCAGGUUGUCGCUCCGGGAGAAGGCCAGGGACAACCAGACGGAGAGGUCCCACCGGAAGCUGCAGGAUCGGGAACGGGGCUUCAUGGACAGUGGAAUGAAAGAGAAGAACAAGGAGAAAAAGGUACGUGAUUUCCUCAAGGUGAAACUGAAGAAAAAGAAAAAAAAGAAAAAAAAAGUGAAGUCAGAGCUUUCUGACAGUGAAGAGAACGUAGAUGUCUCCAGAGAUUGCCCACCUAAAAAAUCCACAUUCCUCUCAACCAGAUCUUCCUCCUCUUACAAAUUUCCCUUCUCCCAUAAAUACACAACCUUAUGCACUUCUGACUCGGGAUACCUCAUGGAAGGACUGAAGUUUGACGAUGUUUCAGAUGACGAUCCCACGAGCGACUCGUCCACGGACAGCCUGAUGUGGAGCGAGGACGAGUACAGUCAGGAAGUUGACGUGACCACCAACCCCUACGACACGGGCGACGGGGAGGACAGCCAGCUGGAGGUCGUGCGCUGCAUCUGCGAAGUGGAGGAGGAGAACGAGUUCAUGAUCCAGUGUGAGGAGUGUCUAUGCUGGCAACACGGUGUUUGCAUGGGCUUGCUGGAGGAUAGUGUUCCCGAGAUCUACACCUGCUACAUGUGCCGCGACCCGCCAGAACAUCGCUUGAGUUCCAGAUACUGGUAUGACAAGGAGUGGCUCAGCAGUGGCCACAUGCAUGGCCUGACCUUUCUCAAAGAGAAUUACUCUCAUCAGAACAGCGGCAAUAUAGUUGCGACACACCAGCUACUGGGAGACGUGCACCGGGUGAUCGAGGUACUACACGGGCUGCAGCUGAAGAUAUACAUCCUCCAGAAUAAGGAUCAACCAGACCUGAAGCUGUGGUCCAAGCCCUGGCGGGUCAACUCCACCGCCAUCGAGAAGUUACGGGAAAGGCACAGUGCGCCCAGUGAAGACAGCAACAGCGGCCUGAGCGCCAGCGCGCCGGGCAGGACCCCGAAUGGCACGUCGGAGCGGCAGAACAGGGUCCCGGUCAUCGAGGAGUCCUACAUCACCAGCGAGCACUGCUACCAGAAGCCCCGGGCCUACUAUCCUGCCGCCGAGCAGCGGCUGGUGGUGGAGACCAGGAACUCCUCGCUGGACGAAGGUUUCGGGCGGAUGCGGGAGAACGGGGACGAGACGCUGGCCGAGAGGUUCGGCAGGAACGUCGAUGAAGACUCAGGGCGGCCCGACUAUGAUUUUCGUCGAGAGCAAGACAGCGUCUGCAAGGACGAGAGCAGCACGGGCAAGGUCCAUGGCAGUGGGCCGACAGCUGAGCCGCAGGGUGAGCAGGAGAGCGGUGGGCCGAGGCAGGUGGAGGAAGGAGGAGCGGGGGACUCCCAGCUGCAGUGGCAAGUCAACCUGCUGGCACAUGUGGAGUCUCUCCAGGACGAGGCCUGUCACAGGAUGGACUUCAUCGAGAGAGAGCUGGACGUUCUGGAGAGCUGGCUGGACUACUCCGGCGAGCUGGAACCCCCGGAUCCAUUGGCAAGGCUGCCUCAACUCAAGAACAGGAUGAAACAGCUGCUUGCGGACUUGGGCAAGGUGCAGCAGAUCGCCUCCUACUGCCCUGUGUGAGCUACGCCUCUAACGCUGGCGGACGGACGCUCCCUCGACCACAGGCUGUUGCCUGCCCAGGGGAGAGAGGGGUUGGGGGGGGGGGGUGGGGGGGUGGUCAGACAGUCCAACGUCCCCAGGGACCCCACCAUCGCCAACACUGCCCACGGCCGUAAACGGAAGCCACUUGGAUCUGCAUUUAACGCCGACAAAUCCGGACUCAUGUUUGUACUUUUUAUUCUGUCUGUCUACAUUUUGCGUCAGCUCUUGAGCCCUCUCAUGGAGUUCUGCGGCGUUAACGAGGGGGAGAUGGCCCCCGCCCGGGUGUGCAGCUUUGACUCUCGGUCGAGGGGAAGAUGAGGCCUUAUGAUCAGCGGCCAUCCGCACGCCCCCUGCUGGUUCUGUAUCGCUCGCACACCCAGUGUCGUUGGAUACCAUCAGAGAGCUUGAUUGCCCAAGUGGGGUGGGGGAGGGGGGCUGGAAAAGCAUUGUAAAGAAUUUAGUACUUUCUUAAAUCCUUGUGUCGAUC